AUGAAGUUCUUCGCUGCACUGUUGCUGUUGAUGUGUUUGGUUGUUGCGUGUCAAGCGCAAGGGGGAGGCGGUGGUGGCGGCCGAUAUGGUGGAGGUGGUGGUGGACCAUAUGGUGGCAGCGGUGGUCCCUAUGGUGGUGGUGGCGGUGGACGCUAUGGAGGUGGUGGCGGAGGUUCUUAUGGUGGUGGCGGCGGUGGACCUUAUAGUGGAGGUGGUGGAGGUCGUAGCGGUGGCAGAGGAGGUCGUGCCAGUGGCGGUGGUGGUCGGUAUGGUGGAGGAGGUGGUGGUGGUGGCUACUAA